AAAAAGAUUUGAACACCCAAAUCGUAAGCCCUAGAAUCAACCUUCAUUCACCUUCUUCUUCUUCCUUCUCAAACAAAUUUUCUUAUGAACCAAACUGAACUAUUACACAAUAACGGCGCAAAAUCUUGACGGAAAUUCUUGAUAAUGGCGGAUUACGAAGCUAGAUAUGACGGUAAUGGAGACGACAUGGACAGCUACGGUGGCGAUGGUUCAUCUCCACAGCCUCGUGGUAGCAGUCAUGGUGUCCCCGAGGAUUAUAUCGACUCUAAAUCUCAGCAUGGUACGCGAGAUUAUGAGCGGGAGUUUUCGAAGAGUAGAGAAAAGGAAAGGGAUAAAGGGCGUGAAAAAGAGAAAGACAGGGAUCGCGAAAGGGAUAGGGAUAAGGAUAGGGAUAGAGAUAGGGAUAGAGGGAGAAGCAAGGAGAAAGACAGGGAUAGGGAUAGGGAAAGAGACCGAGACCGGGACAAAGAUAGAGGAAGGGACCGUGAUAGGGAUAGAGAUAGAGACAGAGAUCGUGAUCGACAUCAUAGAGAUCGCCACAGGGAUCGUGGUGAGAGAAGGUCACGUGGCAGAGAUAGGGAUGAUGACGAUGAUGAUUAUUACCGCAGUCGAGAUUAUGAUAGACGGAGGGAUUAUGACAAAGAUAGGGAAGAUAGGCACAAGGUUCGAUCUAGUUCACGCUCAAUGGGUAGGUCUGAGCACAGAUCUAGGUCAAGGUCGCGUUCUCGUUCACGCUCAAAAAGCAAAAGGAUUAGCGGUUUUGAUAUGGCACCUCCUGCUUCUGCAAUGUUAGCUACUGCAGUAGCUGCUACAGGUCAGAUUCCUGGUACUCCUCCAGCUAUCCCUGGAAUGUUUCCAAACAUGUUUCCUCUAGCAACUGGCCAGCAAUUUGGAGCCCUUCCAGUCAUGCCAGUGCAAGCCAUGACUCAGCAGGUUGGCAUGAAUGCUACUAGACAUGCCCGACGGGUGUACGUUGGUGGGCUUCCUCCUACAGCAAAUGAACAGUCUGUUGCAACAUUUUUCAGUCAGGUGAUGGCUGCAAUUGGAGGAAACACUGCUGGUCCAGGAGAUGCUGUUGUAAAUGUAUAUAUCAACCAUGAAAAGAAGUUCGCCUUUGUGGAGAUGAGAUCUGUUGAGGAGGCCAGUAAUGCAAUGGCCUUGGAUGGGAUUAUUUUUGAGGGAGCCCCUGUUAAGGUGAGGAGGCCCAGUGAUUACAACCCUUCACUUGCUGCAACUCUUGGCCCUAGCCAGCCCAAUCCAAAUUUAAAUCUUGCUGCUGUUGGGCUUACACCAGGUUCUGCUGGUGGGCUUGAGGGUCCUGAUCGUAUUUUUGUGGGCGGGUUGCCCUAUUACUUUACAGAAGCACAAAUCAAGGAGUUGCUGGAGUCCUUUGGCCCGCUGCGGGGUUUUGAUUUGGUGAAAGACAGAGAAACAGGAAAUUCUAAAGGUUAUGCCUUUUGUGUUUACCAAGAUCUUUCCGUUACAGACAUAGCAUGUGCUGCUCUGAAUGGAAUAAAAAUGGGUGAUAAGACGCUCACUGUUAGACGAGCCAACCAAGGUGCUAGCCAGCCCAAACCCGAACAAGAGAGUGUGUUGUUACAUGCACAGCAGCAGAUUGCUUUGCAGAGAUUUAUGUUGUUGCAACAACCUGGUGCUGGGCCUGGUGGUGCAGCAGCCUCCAAGGUCAUAUGCCUUACUCAAGUAGUUACUGCGGAUGAGCUAAGAGACGAUGAAGAAUAUGAAGACAUUAUGGAAGACAUGAGACAGGAGGGCGAAAAAUUCGGUCCGUUGACAAGAGUAGUUAUCCCACGACCUAGGCCGGACGGUGAACCAUCCCCUGGAGUAGGCAAGGUAUUUCUUGAAUAUACCGAAAUGGAAGGGGCUUCAAAGGCCCGUGCUGGAUUAAAUGGAAGAAAAUUUGGCGGGAAUCAAGUAGUGGCGGUGUUCUAUCCAGAAAACAAGUUUGCUGAGGGGGAUUACGAUGCCUAGGUUUUUUUUUUCUUUCUUUUUUUAUCAUUGUUUAGAUAGAUUGAACUUAAGACAGUUUUAUUGUUAUUAUCAAUAGAUUGGUGUCUGUCUUUUGUAGCUUAAUAUUGACACUUAAUGAAUUGGUGUCUUUUGUAGCUUUAAUAUUACUUAAUGAAUUGGUGUCUGUUUUCUCUGUCUAGUUACUUGCAAGUAAAUGGUGGCCAUUUAGACUGACAAAAA